CAAGAAGACGACGGACAGUCAACAUAAAAAGGAAUGCUCGUAGCGCGCGCUAACAGCAGCGAUUGGACCACUCGAACUCUAGUUCCCCGAGCAAAAACCACGACGUCGAUUAACGUGUGACGAAGUGAUUUAAUUCGAGGAGGGUCACGCGGCUCGUGCCACUUAUCUUCUUCGAUUCUCGGCAGGAGCGAGAAUACGUCAUGUCAUAAGACUCGGGUGUCGAUGGACUUACUCGUAAAAAGCGAAUCGCCGUGGGCGAGAACUCCUCCUACUGAGCGCCCGUCUUGUCUUUUGCAUAAGCGUCUAGGAUUCUGUGCACGCAUGAGAUUCGACUAUAAAGGCUUGCAAGACCUGUUUUCGUGAUUACCUCGUCCUGAGGAAUCUUGCCACGCGUUGUCCGCCAGGAAUAGAAACGUAGACAGUCUUUGUCUGUCUACGUCCGAAGGCAGGAGGGAUCUUCAGCAACUUCCGUGGCUUUCUGUGGUUUAGCCGAUUGAUCGAAGCUGACGAUGCUGACCCUCAUUAUAUGUUUGCUGCCUCUAGCGUCGACCGUGUCUGUAGAAGUUGGAGAAAUCAGUGAAGCAGAAACUUGGAAGAAUUUGAUUGUAGACAUUGAUAAUGGCACCUUGAAACACGUUCGAUUCGCCGAAAAUACCGAUUAUACAAAACUAAAUUUAUCAAGUUUUCCUGGUCUUCGCGCGCUGGAGAAAAAUUCUUUCGAUAAUGUACUUGACAUAGAAUCUCUCGUACUUGCCAAUAAUUCGUUUACUUCUCUGCCGGACUUCGUAUUCUCCAAUCUGACAAAACUAAAAAGCUUGUCGUUGUCAGACAAUCAAAUAUCGAAUGUCCGGAAUUUAUUCGUUGGCUUGGAGAAUCUGCAGCUGUUGGAUAUUUCUCGCAACCCUAUCAGACACUUUGGAAGGGGCCACUUGUUUAGCCUCACCAAAUCUGUCAGAAUUCUCACUAACGAAAAUAUUCUCUGGAGCAUCAGCACGGGCGUGUUCGAGAAUUCUUUCCUUAAAGACGCCGAGGAGCUAAAACGACUGGCAGCGACGCAAGAUCAGGGAAAUGUAAAGGAGAACGAAAAGAAGGAGCAGGAAGUGGAGAAGGCUGAGAUAGCCACGGCUGAGGAGCCUCAGGAUCAAAAGAUCGUCGAAACCCUUAGCGAGCACACUCGACUGAAAAUUUGCAAGUCUGAUGGUAUCGUGACAUCAUUGGAGAUUUUUUCGAAGGAUGAAGAACUCGUUGAAGGAUGCGUACAAGUGCCAGUCGAUAUCUCGAUGCAAGUGAGUCUUGUCGAGCUGGGUAUCAAGGGUUUCCAGGAAGACUGGUAUCGGUUGCAAUCUCUGCCGAUCGUAUCGUUGGAUCUGUCGAACAAUGAGAUCGCCGAGAUCACGAAAGAGACGUUGAACGACCUGCCGUCAGGCCUGACGUAUGUAAACUUCCAAGGGAAUAAAAUACGCAAGAUCUGGAGUCAAGUGAUUGAGAACGAUCACCUGAAUGUGCUUAACUUGAGGAACAAUCUGAUCGAGGAGAUCGAGGAGGGCGCGCUCGCGAAGACGAAUCUACGCGAAUUGUAUCUCGCUGGUAAUCAGUUGAAAAGUCUGGAUUUUGUCUUCAGUCUGCCGAACAGCCUGACCGUGCUUCUAGCGAACGGAAAUCAUAUAAUCUCUAUUCCCGACGGCGCAUUCUCCAAGCUCUUCCGUUUGAACUACCUAUAUCUCGAUGAUAAUAAAAUUGAAGCGGUGCAGAACGACGUCUUCCAAGGUCUGGUAUCCUUGCUGACAUUAACGUUAGCGAGGAAUGAUAUAAAGACGAUCGGACCGAGCGCUUUCAGAGGCUUGAGGACGCUACAGACACUCGAUCUCCGCCACAAUUCUAUACACGAUCUGCGGAAGGGUACCCUUGCUGAAUUGAUAGGUCUGAAGCAAUUGAAUCUCUCCAAUAACAAGAUCGUCAAAGCCACGUUUGCCGAUCUGGCGCGAUCCGUGGACUCCUUGCAUCUCGAUUAUAAUGAGAUCGAUAUUCUCGAGGAGGGCAAUUUUGUUCAAACUCCAACAUCCACCUUAUCCUUGACCGGAAACAGAAUUUCUAGCAUAAUGCGUGGUGCCUUCAACCUGCCUACUCUGAGGGAUUUAUACUUGAACAACAAUACUUUGACGACUAUCGAGGGUGACAGCUACGAAGGCUUGAACCGGUUAAGGCGUCUCUGGCUUUCAGAAAAUAAAAUAUCCGAGAUUCGCAAGGGCGCUUGCAAAAAUUUGGGAAGCCUUUAUAUUUUGGACAUAUCCAAGAAUCCCUUUCAGAAGUUGGAAAAUGGCGCUCUUUAUGGUCUCAAUACCGCCUUUGGCACCAGCUUGUAUAUCUAUCAGAAUAAUCUGACGGAGAUACAAGGCGGCGUUUUCGAUGAUAUUUAAAACUCUCUCUUCUUCAGACUUUUAUAUGUAUGUAUAUCUCUUCUGUUAAAUGUUCUUCAAGAAUUACAUUAUUAAUUGCUGGUUAUUAAUUCACGAACACUUACAAAAAAUUUAAUUUUAUUAAAUCACACGAUAAGUAAACUUUCAUCUGUAAUACAUAUUUAUAUAAAUUUUAUAAAAACGCAUUUUUUAUUUUAUCUAGAAACAUCAACCAACGUUAUAAAAACUCAUACAGUGAAAGUAUAGAAUUUUUUACGUUAUUUAUAUUUGAACGUAUUAAAAUGUAAAUUUGUUAAAUUAAUUUCGAAAGAUAUCUUUGCACAAUUUGUUGAAGCGAAAGCGUAUUAUAUCACGACAUAAAUAUUUUAAUGCAUAUAACUUUUAAGGUAAAAGAUUGACGACGUCUUAUAAAAGUAUGAUAAAUGUAUUAUAAAGUUUGAAAAAUGUUA